CCCUUCAUAUUUCCAUUCCCCUCGACCCUUCCAUCCUUAUCUUUUUCCUCUUUCACUUUUUUUCUAUUUCAUGAAAUAACCAACAAAGAAAAAAAUUGUAUAAACGAAACUUAUCGCUUAUUCGUGAUUUGCGAGUCAAACGAUACUGUCGAACCGAAUACCUACACAGAACGAGAUCGGUAAUUAAACGUAAACUGUGAUUCGAGGGAGAGCGAACGAAUGGAAAAAAGAAAAAAUAGAAGAAAGGAAAAAUAAAAUGAUACAAAAAGAAACGAGAAGAGUACGGAUAUAACGUUACGUAGAUAUGCGUGGCCGGUGAUAGUAAUAUGAGAUAGACUGGAUUAUUGGGUUGAUACCUCGAUAAAGAGCAUUCGAUUACCGGCUACAAAUAUAUCGAAAGAUGAUAAAUAAAAUGAAAUAAAAUAAAAUAGAAUGAAAAAAAUAAAAAUAGAACGCGUAUAAAGAACAUGCCAUAUUUAUAAGAAAUACGAUAGCUAUGGAUAAACGGAUACACGUCGAUUAAGCAAUGGAAUUCAUGAGAAAUAGGAUCUGUGUCGACGUUUAAAUUAACAAACUAUCUGAUAAUAGAAACUCCUAUAAGUCGGACAUGUCGAUUAAUAAGUAGUCGAGCUAAUUAUCCGAUCGUAAUGGUAGGUAUAUGCAAAGUAGUUCAGUCAAUCGUUUCUCAAACAUAUCCGCAAUGAAUUCAAUAGUUCAGUCAGACGUAUCGACGAAGUAGUAAAGUCAAUUGUUGGUUAGACGUAGCGGCAAGUAGUAAAGUCGGUCGUUGGUAAGACCUACGUGCAAAGUAAUAAAGUCUAAAGUUCGAGUCAAACGUAGUAGCCAAACGACAAGUAGUAAAGUCAAUCGUUGGUUAGACAUACACGCAAGCAGUGAAGUCAAUCAUUGCUGAAACGUACAACUGCAAAGCAAUGAAGUUUGGUCAGAUGUAUUGAAGAUUAACUUAUUGUUUAAUUUCUUAAAAUUACUAUUUGAAUGGUAAAAUUGUCAGCGAUAUACAAUCCACAAUUGAGAGUAUCUUUCAAGUUAGUAACUGCUGUAUCAUGAUAGCAGGAAUACUUUUCUCAUCCGCGUUCUUUUUUGUCCGGCUUUAUCCUUCGUCUUUUUCUAUAUUGUCUAAGCAUGCACGGAUCAUAUAGGUCAAAUUUAAUAAACCGUUCUUCCUGCAAGGAAAAUAAAAGAGAGGGAAAAAGUAGGUAAUAGCUAUCUCGGUGGGUGCGUGGGCCAAAGGAAGGGAAAAAAGCUCGUCGAGGGAAACUCGAGAAUCUCGUAUCAUUGAUGGAGUGUCCUAUCCUGAAGUCGAUGUGUAAUUAUAGCUGAUUCUUGAAGAAUAUACAAAGGUAGGCAGGUUUAAUGAAUAUGUAGGUCAGACACUGACCCACCUUACUACGAAGACAACCGAUUAGUCAAGGGCUGCUAUCCCAACGAAAAAUGGCAAAGGAAGAGAAAGUCUUUUUCUUCCCAUGGGAAAAAAGAGAGAAGGGUAAGAAGAAAGGAGGAAGGAAGGAAGGAAGGAAGGAAGGAAGGAAGGAAGGAAGGAAGGAAGAGCUACUAAUGUCGUCGUUAUCUUCGCCGUCCUUUAAUUACGAUUUUUCUUCUUUUCAAUAUAGAUACCGUGAAUAUAAAUCAAACAUAAUGAGAUAGUUUAAUUUGAAAGGAAGUAUGCUAUUAUAUGGUCCUAUAUUUUGAUAUUAUACGUGACUUGAAUAUGCAGCUCAUAUAAUACUGCUCUUAUCUAAAAUAAAAAAAAAAAAAAAAUUUUAUAUAAAGCUAACAUCCUCGUCAUUAUUUUUGUCUGAUUUUAGGAAGUGUAUAGAAUAUGGACGUGCAGCGCCCUGGUGCCUUACUUUCAUCACAGCGGACCGCCGGACUUUGAGUUCUUGGAGAAAGAUUGGACUAGGAUAAGACCGUGUAUGUCCCUCUGCCAGUCUGUGGAACAACGUUGUCCUUAUAUGCUUCCGGGUGACCGUGCCCCUGCGUACCCUACGCAAUAUGCCGGCGAACCUACCUUUCUUUGCAGAGACCCAAACAUACCCGAGACGGGGGAACAAGCUUUGAGGGCGCUGCACAGCAGUGACGAACGAGAAUGCUGUUACCACGUGUGCUCUGAGGAUGAGGUAGGCUUGGGGAUCUGUGCGAAUUGCACUAGUCGCGAGCUACGUAAAAUAGGUAGAGAACGCGAUCCUCCUACGGCACCCCACUGCGACAUUACACCUAUUCAAUCGGACUCUGCAGGUGAGGAGAAAGCAGCAGAAUGGCCAGUGUCCACGGAUGGCCAGGACAUCGAAUCCGAUUCAACGUCAACAAUCUCCCCAAUGGUUGGGCUCGAUCAACAACAACAACAACAACAACAACAUCAGAGUACAUCAUUAUGCGGCAGUGGUGGAGUCGGCUCGAUGACUUCGAGUUCAUCGAAUCGAGUUACGGCUUCUUACGUGUUGCCGUAUCUUUCUCUGUCAUCGAUCAUUAUCCAAAUGUUUUGGUGGUCGUGCCUGUUGUUGAGGAGUUUUUCGAGAAGGAUGGUCGUGCCCAUUCGAAGCGUCCUGUAUUCGGGACGUGGAUUUGCGUCCUUCAUCGUUGUUGUCGUCGUCGUCGUCGUUGUUGGAAGUGGAAGAAGCGAAGAAAACGAAGGAGGAGGAGGACGAGGAGGACGAGGAGGAGGAGGAACUGGAGAAGGAGAAGGAAGAGAAAGAGAAGGAAGGGGAGGGAAAAUGCGAUCGAUCGAGGAGAUUCGACCUCGUUCUCGUUCAGGCUCGUCCUGUUUUCGAUGGUGGUGUUCAUCGUUGUCAUCGAAUAAUAGCAAGUUGACCAUCUAUUUGGAUAAGAAGAAUAAGAAAAAAAAAGGUGGUGAUGAUGAUGAUAAUAAUAAUAAUCUCGAGAAGGAGAGAAAGAAGGAAGAAAGGAAGAAAAAUAAAAAGGAGAAGAUGAAGAAGAAGGAGUGGUAUAAAGUUUGGUGGAAAGGAUGGUGUCGUUGGUGGAGUUCCUGGAGGAAACGUAGAAAGAAGAAAAGGAGUCGGGAGUACGAGGGUAAAAAAAGAAUCGAACUCCUCCCGAUCGUCGUGAACGUCGUCGUCGUCGUCGUCGUUGUCCAUGUAGUCGUCGUCCACGUCGUCCUUGAGAUCAUCCGUAGUAACAAAAUGACGACGAAGGAGCGGGAAUCGCGUCGUCGGCCUCGGCAUAGACGGCGCCGUUACAAGCUCGAACCCCGUCGUGGCCGUUGUCGUUGGAGAUGGAAAAAAGAUCAUUCUUACUUGAGUUUAGUUCCGUGGCAAGAACCUGAGGGGAACGUACUUUAUUUCUUACCGUUUCCUCUAUCCCCUCCUUCUCGUCUUCGUCCAACGAACGAGAGGACCCGCGUGGACGAGAAAUCGUUCCCGAAUAUUCCACCAUGAUAAUUAUCCAUUUCUCCAGCAUUCUCACCGAUCCUCCCCAUUCCCCCUCCGUGUGUUCGCAAAAGGCCAAAGGACGAGGCAGGACCUUGUAGUCGUUAGCGAGCUAUAGGACGAAGACGAGUUAGGAAUUUAUCAACGCGACUAUCAUGGUACGCGCUAAGUAAGAAGAACCGAGGAGAUGGUCGUUAUUGUCUAUUAGGCAACUAACGUUACGUCUAACUUUAAUAAUAAUGAUAACAAUAAUACAAUAAUAAUAAAUAAAUAAAUAAAUAAUUAAAUAAAUAAAUAAAAAAAAACAAAAUAAAAUAAUAAUUAAAUUAAUAUUAGUUAACAAAUAAUAAAAUUAAAUUAAAUAAUGAUGAUAAUGAAGAUAAUAUGAAGAUGAUUAUGAUGGAGAUGAUGAUGAUGAAGAAGAAGAAGAAAAAGAUGAUGAUAAUUGAUGAUAUUAAUAAUGAAGAUUAUGAUAAUUAUUAUGAUGUUUAUGAUCGAUGAUCGAUGAUAAUGUUCGAUUACGAUAAAUAAAGAUCAAUAAUGAGUUGGAGUGCGAGGCAAGAAUGAAAAUGAUUAUGAACGGUUAUAGUGAUGACCGUUAUAUAUAUAGCGAUGUUGAUAGCGAUGGUGAAAAAAAAAAAAGAA